AAAGGUCACUUGCUUUUCAAAGAACUUUUAACAUGUUUCUCGAUGCAGCCUCCUUCCCUCUGGACAUACUACGUUGCCGAGUCUCGACUAAUUCGAAAUUUUAAAACGGACACCGCUUUCUAAUAAUGGAUGCGACAAAUAACGAAAAACAAAUUCUAUGUAGGCUGACUGCGCAGCUUUCGAACUCGUACAAAAGCCACGUAGCGGACCUUAUCGAUGAUAAUCGAUCCUCAGUCAAAAAUGGUAAUCAAGCAUAGUGCAGAAUCUGCAGAUAGCCCACCUUCCUACGACUAUGUCGCAGCUCAGGCUACUUCAAAUGUUGGAGAGCAACAGCCACCUUUGAUGAAUGACAAGAAUGCGAACCAACAAGUGCAACUGCCUUCAAUACCUCCUAACACUGUGAUGGCUGUUCACUCUCGUCCUGCGCCUCUGGUGCAGCAACCCAUAGUCUACCAUUAUCAGAAUCCCUUGACUGGCGAGCGCAUCGCCUCGCUACUGCCCCCAGACCACCCAGAAAUGAUAUGUCUGCAACAAGGAGCACAUGUUAAUGAAACCAAGUUUGGCAUCCUAGGAAUUUUGGCUGCAAUAGUUUGGUUCCCGUUGGGCAUUGGCCUUUGCCUUCUUGACCGGAGGGUCAAGUGCAAGCGCUGCGGGGCGGUCAUAGACAACGGUAUCUGUGGUUAAUCGGUAUUGCAUUCCCCCAGUCUUCUUUCUUCGUUUUCUUUGGACGCCUUCAACGCACAGUCAUGUUCUCCUUGUUAUUCGACGUUUUCAUCUCUAUAUCCCGAUUUCCACAGUGUUCCUAACUUAAUGUAUAGCUGUAGUAUCUAAAUUACUAUUUGACGGACAGAUA